CUCACAUCGCCCAUGAUCAAAUGCUUUCCAAUUCCACCAAUUCCACCGCUGCAAUUCGAAUAGUUCCCGAAUUUCUUACGGCCACAGCCCGACCUACCGCCUUCCCACCCACUCCUAACACAAAGAAACGCAAACGCCUGCUCCAGCUCUCCAAACAUGGGCGAAAUGCCAACCCCCAAGAAACAAAUCAACCUCCUCCGGGGCUGGCCUCCCCCCUCCGUCCUCCCCUCCGAAGCCCUCAAGGCCGCCACCGCCCGCGCCUUCUCCGAUCCGGCCGUCUCCGUGCCGGGCCUGCAGUAUGCCCCGGACCCGGGCUUCCCACCUCUACGCGACGCCCUGGCCGCCUGGCUAGCCCGUUUCUACGGCGGCCUUUCCGACCCGGAACGCAUCUGCAUCACCGGCGGGGCGAGCCAGAGCAUCGCGAACAUCCUCGCCAGCUUCACGGACCCGGCCGUCACGCGCGCCGUGUGGAUGGCUGCGCCGUGCUACUUCCUCGCCUGCCCCAUAUUUGAAGACGCCGGGUUCGGGGACAGGAUGAAGGCCGCGCCGGAGGAUGAGCAUGGGGUGGAUGUCGAGGCCUUGGAGGAGCGGUUGAGCCGGUUUGACGAGGAGUGGGAGAGCGGUCCUACGGUGGGUGGUUUUAGAGCAAAACACCGCAAACUGUACCGCCACAUCAUCUACCUCGUGCCCACCUGCGCCAACCCCUCGGGGAAAACCAUGCCCCUACCCCGCCGCGAAGCCCUCGUCCGCCUCGCCCGCCGCCACGACGCCCUCCUCCUCGCCGACGACGUCUACGACUUCCUCCAAUGGCCCCUCGACCCCACCCAGCCCCCGCUCCCCUUCCCCCCCACCGACCCCAACCUCCGCCUCCCGCGCCUCAGCGACAUCGACGCCCGCCUCCCCCGCCGCCAAGGGGAAGACGACGCAGUAGUCCCCGACCCCCACGGCUUCGGCCACGCCAUCUCCAACGCCUCCUUCUCCAAGAUCGUCGCCCCCGCCGUCCGCACCGGCUGGGUCGACGCCUCCCCCGCCUUCGCCCGCGGCCUCGCCCAGACGGGCGCCACCCGGAGCGGCGGCGCCCCGAGCCACUUCGCCGCCGUGACCUUGUGGGAGAUGCUGCGGUCCGGCACCCUGGAGAACCGCCUCCGCGACGUCGUCGUCCCCGCCCUGCGUCACAGGCACGCCCGCGUCGCUGCUGCUGUGGAGGCGCUGCUCGUGCCGCUCGGUGUUCGGACGCGGCCGUCGAGCUUGCUUGGCGAGCAUGUCUACGGGGGGUAUUUCAUCUGGUUGACCUUGCCUGACGGCGUGGAGGCGCCGGUGGUGGCCCGGCGGGCCCGAGAGGCCGAGGACCUGAUUAUCGGCGCGGGGGAGAUGUUUGAGGUGUACGGUGAUGAAGCGUCUGCCCGGUUUGGGAGGGAGGUGAGGAUCUGUUUCUCGUGGGAGGAUGUCGAGAAUGUCCUCGAGGGGGUGGAGAGGCUGGCGAGAGUCGUGAGGGAUGUGAAGGAGGGGAGGCUUCCGAGGAAUGCGUGUUCUUGCCUUGCUGGUGCCCCUGAAAAUGCAAAGUAAGCUGUACUUUGGAGAGUGCGACUGUCGUCCUGAGGGGAAGAAGGGAGUAAUCGUGAUUAAAAAAAAAAAAUAAAAAAUAAAAAAAAAAGGGGGUAUCAUUUGCUUAAACUCCUGGUGCUACAAGACACACACAGCAACUCCCGUGUCUUCCAAAGGUCCU